AUGGCAGGCUCGGCGCACAAGAACUUGGGCCUUAUUACCAGAGCUUGCUGGGUCAAAGGGGUGCCACCGUCUUCUGUAAGUCUUGUCGUCAUGUCAUCAGCUGUCCGCGACUGACAGCUCACGCUCGCCUUGUGGACUUCUGCUCUCAGUGGCAGCAGCUCGUGGCGCAGACAGCCACUGGUUCACUCCCACCCGUCGAAGUUGAGCAGCAAAUAUGUGGCAAGUCGUAACCGUGCUGCAUCGCCUGCAUCUCCGGUGAUUUGGCCCUGGGACCUACCCCACAGCGAGCUAACCCCUUGACCCCUUGACCCGCCCCACCCUUUCACGCGCGUAGACGCCUUGCUGCAACUGUUGGCCGACUCGACUUCAACGCCGUCACCACUCAUCGUUGACUAUGUGCAGUCGGCUGUUACGCCCUCGACUUCUGUAGCCCAAUUCGCGCCAUCACUCGUGCGCGUCGGCUUCUUUGCCGCCAGGCUGACACGCUGCUCGAUUAACUCCAUUGCCCUCGACAAAGCCUUUGACGUGAUCAACAAGACCUUGUCAACGGCUGCACCGGAUACACCGACCUACGCUGUGCUCAACGCCGAUGAGCUCGUGGAUGCGCUCGACUGGGCACUCGGGAGGAUCUCUCGACUCGGGACGGCCGAUUCGACACCGGGUGAAUUGACGCUGCAGUCCCCGACAGUGUCUUACAUCUCGACAUUCCUACAACGAUCUCUCAUCCCGUUCAAUCUGGCUGGAAUAGACCCGCAGCGACUCGGUGCGACGCUCGCCCGCCUCGAUGCCUGCGUCUCAACAUUGCAGCAGUUGCACGUCGACCCAACCGCUGCACGGAUAUCCACAGACCUCCAACGCACGCUUCUCGAACUCAAGAACGCGCUGAGUCCAAAGGGUGAAGUCACCUCAAAACUGCCCGUCGUUCCUCGAGCGCGCAUUGCCUCGCCUCGACCCACGAACAGUCUUGAUCUAGUACCGACAACUCAGGCCGAUCCCGACAUUGCCUUCCUCAUCUGGGACUUGGUGAGUCAGACAUUCCUCAAUAACAGGUGUACAAUGAACUCAUCCUUUGCGCUUGGCAACCCCAGUCCUAUCGCGGUCACACCUCGGUCGGCAUCGCCAACACUCCCGUAGCCACGGCUCGCAUCGUAGCCUUGCUCAAGGAUCGUCUCGCUCAAACCGACGCCCGCGGCAGCACCCAUGAGCAAGCACUGUCGAGGGCUUUCCUCGAGCUAUUUCUGGCAGCGACGGUCGACCAGAGGGAGAGCGUCGGCAAGUUCACUCGACAAGCAAGCUUCGCCUAUUCGCGACUGCCCGAGCUCCUGCGUAACAUCGCUGCGAACCGCAAGGUGGAUGUGCCGGGAUCACCCGAUCUCGUACGAUCAGCUUUCGAUUCGAGUGUGCGCCUGUUCUCGGACUCGACAAGAACGGAGAGCGAGGAUGCGAUGGCUCUCGACGGGGCAACGACCCGGCCCGUACUUGACGCCCUCGUCGCUGGGUUGUGUCAGCACGAGCUCAUCUCUACCGACCUCGCAGCGAGCCUGUCGCCUUCCUUGCACCAAUCACAGCUGGUCCCUUCCUCCUUCCCGUCGACUACCGCUCAGCUGAUGAGUGGCUCGAUCGACUCUGUCCGAGAAGUGUUCGCUUCGCUCGAGACACACGGUUCCGCAUCGCAUCGCGCGAUCUCUGAUUCCCUGGUGGAAGCCGUCUCAUCCUUGGCGUCGAGCGUCGACAUCCCCGGGCUCUCGAGUAUAUGUUCCGUCCUCGUCGAGCAGCCCUCGAUCCUUUCGAUCGUGUUCCUCCACGUCCAACCUUUCCUGGUCCUCUCCCCAAUCCGCUCCCUCUUGGAUACAUUCGGCUCAUCUCUCGAGAACCUGGGCUACGACGAUCCGUCAACAGGGUAUGGGGUCGUCUUGCUCUUCCUACAAGUCGUCGUCAGCCGCCAUGGUCUCCAAACCGAUCUUUCUUACCAUCUCGGCUCGCGGCGCGGGUUUCUCGUGCAAUGGCUACCCUCCAUCUCCGCGACAUAUUCGCUCAUCUCCCUGGACGAUGAUGCCAAGGCGACCGUCAACGGUUGGAUCCAGGCUCUCUUCGGUGACGGUAUCUCGGACGAAUUGAUGCAUCAGACGAAUCCGAGGACGUUGCUCAAGGUCUUGCCGACGGUCGCGAAGCAGAGCCUGGCCGCGUGUCAUGCCGGUGUGAUUGAUGCGGAGCAGCUGCGGGAUGGGCUUUCCUUCCUCUUGCAAGGAUUGCUUAGCUUUACGUUGCCUGGGGUGUUGAAAUGGCUCGUAGGGGAAAUCGAACGGACACCGUGAGUUUGAACGAUAUCCCCAACUCAAACUCAAUCGCGCAGAUACUGAUGUGUUGUUUCUUCUAGAACGGGUGACUACCAAAUCAUGAUGCUCGAUAUCCUGUCGGUACUCAUCUUUUCCGAGUCGCUGCCCAAAACGAUCGUGGAACUAGUCGCUUCGGACUUGGCGACGCUCGUACAUCGACUUCCUUCGACGACAUCGACGAUCAUUGACGUUAAGCGAGUUCAGUCCCUGAUUCAGCCUUAUCGAAAAGCUGUGGUCGGUGCCAAAGCGCAUGCGACUCCCUCCCCUUCAUCUGAGAUCGCGGCUGCGUUCGACCUGUCCUUCGAUCGAACGAUCUACUCGUCCUCCUUGACGAUCAUGCUCUACACACUCUUGAACUCCUCGCCCCCUUCUUCUUCACGGAUCGACGAAAUGAGGAUCACCCGACUCGCCAAGACGAUCCUGCUCGUCCCUUCGCAUUCUACUGACCUCGUCGAUGCUUACGCGGCUCGAUUCACCUCAUUCAUCUUGCAAGAUCUGCCGUCGAUGUCGAUUGACCUUCUUAACGCGACCAAGUUGGGCUCUUGGAUAGGGGGAGCUUUGAAAGCGUACGAGUUGAUCGAGAAUGAAUUGGUCCAUGAGGGACAGAGUUCGGGUGGGGUCUUUGAUUUGCUCGUCGCGAGUGUUGUCAAGGAUGUCAAGCGGCGAAGCGCGUUGAAAUUGGGCGAUGACGAGGCGGUCGAAAUUUGGGCUCAGGCGUUGACUGCUAAGUGUAGACGGUUUGGUGAGGGUUUGGAGAAGGUGUAGUGUAAUACAUAGAGCAGUAUGUAGUGGAAUGUGAUGCACUGACUUUUUCUUUGGGAAAAUUGAAGCCGCCCGCUCCGAUGAGCCGAUGGCGCGGCAGGCCGCUGCCGUCUCUCUCGCUCUCUCUCUCCCACGUCACGUCACGUCACGUCACGUGGGUCAUCGGCUCGAGUCAUCGCGCCAACUCGUGCGACAGAGACUUGGGGAACGUGGCACUCGGGGACAAUCUGGGUUUGUCCGUAUCCCUGAGCUUGGUCCAAAAUGGAUCUCCCCCUGCCCGUCACUACACCCACCAAUGGCGCGCCACCGCCAGCAGCAGCGACAGCAGCCGCGCGAUCGGGACCGGGACCACCACCACCACCACCGCCUCCCCCCGCACCAGCCCGCGUCGUCGGCCAACAACGACCCUCCCUCUCGUACCUCAUCAUGAUGUCGCUCCUCUUCUUCAUGAUGUCUUCCGGUAACGACGGCAUUCGCGAACCUGUGACGGACAAAUCGACGUUCGACGCCUUACGCUCCUCCUUGAAGAGGAAGGAGGACAAACGCGAUGGUCUGGCCGAUUGGUUACACGUCGAUCGGUACAAUCGCACCUUGUUGGAUGACAAGUUGAACAUGACAGGGUUGUACAAUGACUCGGAACCGAACGAGGUGAUCCAGUUCGUCCCCAAGGAAGCGAUCAAUGAGGUGUUGAGUAGCGAGAUUGAGGCUCUUGUACGGAGGCAGCCGGAUGAGUUGGGCAUGGCUUACUACCAUCAGAAUUUGACGGGGAUGGCGAGGGGGGAUUGGGAAAUGGACAAGGAUUGGACGCUCGAGAGGUUGGGGUUACCAGAGACGUGGAAUGUCACGACACGGCAACGGGUCGAGGAAGUCGAGCUCACAGAUGGGCCGAUUCUCAUGGACGGCAUCUCCGAACAGCCUGACUCGGUCGGAGCAGCGGCACAAGAAGCGGCACGGGCUCGGCUACGGAGGCGACAGGCUGAAAUUCCCGCAACCGAGGUGCCAGAGAAGAACGUGACCUGGGAGAACGUCACGACCGUGAUGAAUCGCACCGUCCUGCGCAACAAGUUCGCCUUCGAGACGGGAGGUCGAGUGCUUCUCGAUCUGCGCGAAUACCAGUCGACCGCGCCCGGGUCCGUCAUCGCAAGCACCGAGUCAGGCCAGCUUUUGCGCAUCGAUCCCGAGGCUCGGAGACAAGAAUGGGAACAAGUUGGACCGACAACGUUUCUGCGCGGCGAGAUCACCUUGACGGAUGCGGAUAAGAUCGAAGAAGCUCGUUUCGACAUCGAGGCCGUGCAUUACCUCGAAGAUGGGACCAUGGUUGGCUACGCAACACCUUCUUGGGUCAGAAGUCACAUGUUUGAUCUCGUCGGUUUGGCCAAGACUUUAGAACGUCGCGAUGGAGAGCAGUGGAAGCAGCUUGCCGCUGGGCACACGAUACUCAAGGAGCUCGAUCGGAGGAUCGCUCGGGAAAGGGAGGACUUGGAGGAGACGCUCGACAAUGAAUCUCAGCGGCCACAGGAAGAGAAAUGUACGUCUUUCCUUCCAUACUGGUAGCUUGAUCACUCCUCUCCUUACUGACUUGGGGCUGCACAAUUAAACAGCCGCACCGCAAGGUCCGCAGUGCAUCUUUACCUUUUAUGGAUCACUGGCGCCCUUACCGCCCCACUACAGCGCACCCCUUUAUGCCGAAUACUACGCAUCUCUUUGGCACCCCACGGGCUCCAGUCUGAAACCCCCACCUCCUCCUCAGAUCACCUACAAACUCUAUUCCGAGAACUGUGGCCUCGUCGUCUCCGGCCAGGCCGAGCUCUUGACCACACCUCGUUUGUGGGAAUACGGAACGACCUUUGCCGUCCUGAUGGGCUUCACGCAGAUGCUUAUGGCCUGGGUCUUAGCGCGCCAGAUGGAUAGAGGGGCUCCGGGACAUGCAGGGAAAGUGGCGUACUUUACGAUCGGAGUGCAGACUUCGUUGGAUGCCUACUUCUUUGUGAGUCUGGAUGAGGCAUCGAGCACGGUCGGUUCGGCGGCUGACGCGGUCCGAUUUGGUGCUUAGGUUACUGCUUUCACCGUCGCGCUUGUCACGGGUACGUUGGUCAAAGUGGUGAUUUAACCGAGUCGGUUCUGACAGAAGCUGUCAUGUAUACAGACACGCGUGCAUCCCUCCCGUUUAUGGUGCCGGCAUUCUUCGCUCUCAUCUCCUCCCUUAUUUUCAGCAUGCGGUACGCCACCGAGAUCCGCAAUGCCACGCCGCCGCCACCUUCUAGACCUGCACCGCCACCGCCGCCGCCAGCCCCAACCGUCGAAGAGCUUGCCGCACGAGCUGCUGAGAGAAGGGCUGCUGCAGAGGCAGCAGGCGAGGCCAGCGCGGGCAACGAUGAGGCAAAUGUGGCGACUCCAUUGUUGCCCGCAGCGACAACUACCGCGCCGUCGACUCCAGCGCCCGGAGGCGUCUCGGAUUCCUAUCUUGGUGCGUCUGUCCAUGCGAUAACCGAAUUCGAACACUGAGCAGGGCUAACUUAAGGCUCUCUUGGGCACGCGCAGUCGGCAUCGGCAUUUCGAUAGCGAUCGCGUUUGGAACGGUCGUCUGGUUCUUCGGUUGGGUCGUUCUGAUUACUCUGCUCGCUUAUUCUUACUGGAGUGCGUCUUCAAGGAUGGACUUGGUCUCUCGAUGUCUCUGACUGACACAAAACACUUCGCUGUCGCAGUCCCACAAAUCAUUGUGAAUGUUCAGCGAGGAGCGGCCCGAGGGUCGCUGCGACGAGAAUAUGUCAUCGUCACCACUCUGGGCCGGCUCGUCAUGCCAUGCUACUUCUGGGGCUACAAGGGCAACGUCUUUGCGAUCGAAACGACUCGUGAGCUCUUUUGACUGUUGAUUAUGGGGCGUUGACGUCUGGGGCUGAUCAGAACGCGUGACCUCUUUCCUUCAGCCUGGGUCCUGCUGCUCGUGCUGUACUCGGUGGGCCAAGCCGCGAUCCUGGUCGUUCAAGAUUCGCGUUUCGGGGCGCGCUUCUUCCUCCCUACGAGAGCAAUUGACGCCUUGCACCUCGCUGAGCUCGAAACCUGGGACUAUCACCCCAUCCCCACUUCCAUGGAUCUCGAAACGUCCGUUUACGCGAUCUCGCCCUACCAUUCCGAAGACUGCCCGAUCUGCCUUUCGUCAAUUCAGAUCCACCCGACUAAGGAAGAGGAGGCCGACUCCGGGACGAGAAACAAGUUGAGGUGGAGUUACAUGGUCCCGCCAUGUCAUCACUUGAUGCAUACGGAGUGUAUGGAGAGCUGGAUCGCGGUCAAGUCGGUGUGUCCGAUUUGUCGCGCACGACUCCCCUCGCUGUGA